GAGGAGGGGUCCUGAGCCCGUGGAGGGCUAAAGUCUGGAGCAGUCGGCCGGAGCCAGAGCUGCAGCUCCGGUUUGCCGGGCUAAGAGGCUUCUCAGUCCUGUUCGCAGCCGCAGGCUCAGACCGCCAGUUUGGGACUGUGGGCUUGGCUGAAGCCCAUGGCCCACUGCCACCCAGGCGCCGGGGCUCGGGGCGGGCAGUUCCAUUGACCUCCAGGAUGGGCAGACUUCAGGGGGGUGGGGGUUGGGGGUUCCACGAGUGACGUCACAAUCUGUCCGGCUGGGGGCGGGACCAGGAGGCGUGUCCAAGGAGACGAGGGCGCGCUGCCAUCCUUUACACUGUCCUAUUCCCUCCUUCCUUUCCUAGUUUUUUCCCUUCUUCCCGUCCUCCCCUUCUCCUCCCCACUUCCGCAGCUCUGGUACCCGCAGCUUCCAGGGCUGCGGAGCUCGGCCCGCCGCUGACAGGGAGAAUUCUGUACUGAUGAGCAUCACUUAUGUAAACAGGUUACCCAGCUGGGAGAGAAGACAUCUGCUGCCUGGGUUGACAUCUAGCACUGAUGCAUCUACCUUCUCUGAAGGCCACCUUGCCUUCCAUACCCUUGGCCUGGGUUUGUUCCUGGCUGGUGGCCAGCAUGAGCUCUUGCCCCAAUUCUGCCGCUUGUGGGAGUUGGAUAGAGGCACAAUCCUUACGGCCCGUGAGGAAGCCUAGCCAGCCAGCGUGUUCUGCCGGGCCGCCAAGGAACUCAUCAGUCCAGCCCACUUCCUCCCGCGGUCAUCUCAUGCCAGGGGCACAGGCAAGAGGGCCCCUCAUCGUCCCCUGCCUGGAGUGUGAGAUCUUGGGCUUCUGGCCCAGGAGAGGUGAAUGCAAGGAGUCUGACAGGUGCUGCUGGAAACACACACAGUGUGCCAGGCACAUCAUCCACCCCUUCUCUGACUGUGGCCACCACAACCUGCAUCUACACUCUGUCGGCCGCUGUGACUGUGACUCCAGGCUAAAGGACUGCUCAGAGAAGGCAAACAGCAGCAGCUCUUGGGACUCGAAUUCAACCUGCUCCCGAGAUGUGGGCUCAACCUGCUUCAACAUCAGCCAGAGCCCUUGCUUUCCGCUCAUCCCAGAGGAAAAGUGUGUGGAGCGGUUCUGGUGCAAAAGCUACAGGCCUGUCUCCGUGGCAGUGAUCCACCAUCCUAUCCACCAUGAGUGUGGGACAGAUGACCUACAUGAGGAAGAAGAAGAAGAGGAAGAGGAGGAAGAAGAAAGCAAGCCUUCCAUCCCAACCCAGGUGGGACCCAUUGUUAUGCCCACUGACCUGGGCAUGGGCACAGUCCCUGGGGCCCCUGACUCAGCAGCGCCCAUCACCAUCUGGCGCUCUGAGAGCCCCACAGGGAAGGGCCAGGGUAACAAGGUGAUCAAGAAGAUAAAGAAGAAAAAGGAAAACGAAAAAGACAAAGACAAAGAGGAGGAAAUGACAGAUGAGAAGGCAAAACCGAAGAAAAAAGUCAAGAAGGGGAAGUUGAUGAAGAAGAAAAGUCCAGUGAAAUCAGAGUCUUCACCUGCAGAUUUGAGCCCAAGAGAGUUGGCCCGGAUGUCAGAGUCCAGCCCAGAAAGCCGCGCAGACCUGGACAGUGAGGACAGUUACCACAAGAAGCAGCAAGACGAACACUCUAGUGAGGAUAUCCUGGAGUCGUCAUCACCCAGAAGAAGGGAGAAGAGCACCACCCAGGCCAAGAAGAAUGGGACAAAGACCUCCUCACAAGCCAGGAAGGUGACCAAGAGGAAAUCUCCCCCACUGUCCAGCCCCAAUCUCAGUUGAGAGCAGCAUGAAGAAUAAAUGGCAUCAAGCCGGUAGCUCACCUCCUGCUGCUAUUUUCCUUCCAACAGGGCUACUUCUUGCGGGAGGCAGAGAGCUCCGAGCAUACUGGAACCAAGGGCCAGGGACGGGGGGGGGGGGGUUUCCUAAGGGCAAUGCAGCUUCCAAGGAAAUCCAUGGGAAGAUAAGUGGGAGGGAAACAGAGGGACAGGUGUUUCUUUGUACCAUCCUAGGACCAGGGUAGAAGAGUACCUCUGGGCUGGGGCAGGAGGGUGGGCUUCCUGCCCCUGGGAGACUGGUACAUGUGAAACCUACUUCUGGGAUAGGGCAGUACUAUGCAGCAGUACCACCAAUAAACUGGACCUUUUCACCCUCUC